AUGUUGCAAGGGCUGAAAAUCUCAAGGCCUGUUAUCCAAGGGUCAUCCUUCCAACGGCAUGUUCGAUAUUUUUCAGUGAAGGAGCUUUCAUGGUGCACGCCUGCCGGAGCACCGACCAAACCGAAACUUCCUCCUCCCAAGAAACCACCACAAGAAUCAUCAUCACCAAUUUCCUCGAAAGAGAGUAAGAAACAGGAGCCCAUUGAUCAAUUUGGAAUCGUUGCGGCCAUUUCUGCGUGCAAGAAUCGAGUGAUUGGAAUCAAUGGAAAGAUUCCUUGGUCGGCGCCAGAAGAUAGACGAAUAUUCAAGUCGCUGACACAAGAUUCUAUACUGAUCAUUGGACGCAAAACCUUGGAAGAGCAUCCGAAACUUGAACACGUUGACCAUGCCAAACACUGCAUUGUGAUUUCCAAAAGUAUGAGUGAUUUGGAUAGUUAUGAGAUAGAAGAUGGGUCUCCCAACGAUGUGCAGCUCAGUCUAGCAAAGUCCCUUGAUGAAGCACUGCAUCAGGCGCGAGAAUUGAAUGACGCAUGUGAAAAAUAUCCUGACGAUGCAAAUGAGACUAGCAAUCAAGAUAUAUCAUGCUGGGUUGCUGGCGGCGAACGAUUGUAUGGAGAGGCAUUACGCCACAGGUCGCUGAAAGAGCUACGCUUGUCUUGGGUUCAUAUGGAUAUUACACCCCCAUCGCCAGAAGCUGCGAUUCCCUUUGCUCGAUUCCCAGCCAAGUACUACUGGGACAACAAAUUCAAGGAAAUAUCCAAGACUUUUCAUCCAGGUACCAACAACACACCAGCGUUUGAGCACUGCGUCUACAAACCCAAAUGA